UUUUGCCCCGUGAACGACAAAGUACAAUGUUGAGACUCGCUUUUAUUGUCUGUCUUCCAGUGUUGGUGGUUUGCCAGGUGGACAUUACUGCGUUAGGAAAUCUAGAAUUUAACAGGCUGGACAUUGACCAAGAUGGUAAUAUAGAGCCAUUGGAAACACAGCAAUAUUUUGAACGUUUUGACGCCAACCAUGACAACAGAAUCUCAAGACAAGAGUACGCCAAGGAGGUGGAGACUCACCAUGAAAACAAUGUUCAAGCUCACUCCAUCCUCCUGAGGCUCUUUGACGCCCUAGACUUUGACAACGACAACCACAUCGACGGCCCUGAUUACUCUGACCUCUUCAUGGCUGCCGAUUCCAACAACAACAGACUCGUCAGCCAGCAGGAAUUCCUUAGAUAUUUUUACGAUCUGACCGGUAUAGAUCCAAUAGGCAAAUAAAAAAGUUGAUUUCGGCAUUAUAUUUUUGUAUAAAUCCUUGUUAAAUAAAUAUUUUAUAAGAACAUAA